CGGCUGGCUACUGCCGACUACGCCGACCGCAUGAACUUCGCCUUUGUGGGCUGGGAGUUCACACACUUCCAGGAGGACAUCCUGGUGGGCUCCAACGAGCUCAGCUACAGCGGCCUGGCGCCGCAGCUCAGCUACAGCGGCCUGGCGCCGCAGGUCACGCAGCUGACGCUGGCUCUGCUGUCCGACACCAACUGGUACGCCGUGAACGUCAACAGCCAGGGCUAUUGGACCUAUGGCCGCGGCAAAGGCUGCGCCUUCGGCCGCCGCCACUGCAGCGGACUCCUCAACGCCACCGGCACUGGCGCCAGCGGCACGGGCACGGCGGGAGACGCCCUUCUCAUCUGCGACACCUGGGAGUACGGUAUGGGGGUGUAGGGGGUGGGGGUGUAAGGGGUGCGGGUG